CAUAAAUUUUAUGGGAUUUUCAUCUAAAGUAGGAAGAUUAGCUAUUUUUAUUUUCUUCGUCGGAUUUGCAAUCCAUCAAUUACAAAAUCCUUAAAUAGCUAUUAAAUAAACCCAUGAAAAAACUAAUCAGUGUCUCAAUUUAAUUGCAUAAUUUACAAAAACUACAUCAAUAGUAAUUACAUUAUUUAACUUAGCAAUUCUCAUUAGAUUCUAUCCCCUUAAUUGUAUUUACUUGUGCUUUAUUGAAAUUUUUUGUCGGUAUUGGAGUAUUACUUAAAUGGAACUAUGUAAAAUUAAUUGGAACUAUUUAUUUAAUUUCAGCUAUAUUAGUUGUUUAUAAUCCGAUCCUUGCACAAUCUUUUAAAGAUUCCAUCAUGCUUGUAGGAGCUCUAGGAGCUUUACAACUUGUCUGA